AUGAGUGUCAUUCUGUGUACUGCUGGUUAUGACCAUACCAUUCGAUUUUGGGAGGCACUCUCGGGUAUCUGCUCUCGAACCAUUCAACACCCUGAGUCGCAAGUCAACCGUCUCUGCAUAACGCCAGACAAGAAAUACCUCGCAGCAGCUGGCCGUCAUGUCGUCCGCCUAUACGAUAUCAAGAGCUCCAACCCAAGUCCUAUCAUGGUCUUUGAAGGCCACAAUAACAAUAUUACAGCUGUGGCGUUCCACGUGGACACAAAGUGGAUGGUUACAAGUUCAGAGGACUCGACAGUAAAAGUUUGGGAUACAAGAACCGGCACGAUUCAGAGGAAUUAUGCUCACACUCAUCCUGUGAAUGAUGUGGUCAUCCAUCCAAACCAAGGAGAAAUUGUCUCGGCUGAUCGUGGAGGAAACGUUCGAGUCUAUGACCUUGGCUCAGACAAAUGCACCCAUCAAUUGAUACCAGCUGAGGACGUCUCCGUCUCAAGCGUAAGCAUUGCUAACGACGGUUCACUUCUAGCAGCUGGCAACAACCACGGCGACGUCUAUAUCUGGCGCAUGUUUCAAGAAAACAACGAAACAUCCCUCAGUCCCUGCCGCGUCUUCAAAGCUCACAAAGAAUACCUCACCCGACUCCUUCUCUCCCCAGACAUCAAACUCCUCGCAACAUGCUCAGCCGACCACACCGUCAAGAUCUGGCGCAUCGACCCCAACGAAGAUCACCUCGAAAACCUCGAAGGAGAAGACUUCUCCGAACCACAAACACCAAGCCAAUCAAGCCAAAGUCUGCCCACCACAUUCGGCAGCACAAUCAGUGUCCGACCAAACACUGCGUCCAGAGAAUCGACCGCCUCACCACACUCACAAGGCUCAGCCUCAACAGGAAACCUGGCCAAUAGCCAAGUACCCCAACCCGUCAUCACACACCGUCGACCGCUUCCAAUAGAGACCACUCUCGAGAACCAUCAGCGCUGGGUCUGGGAUUGUGCCUUUUCUGCGGAUUCGGCUUAUCUGGUUACUGUGUCGUCGGACCAUUACGCUCGGCUUUGGGAGUUGAGUUCAAGCAGCAUUAUUAGACAGUAUUCUGGUCAUCAUAGAGGUGCGGUAUGUGUCGCAUUGAAUGACUACAGUGGCACGGGAAGCUAG